UUUGUCUCCUGCGAGCUUCCGUAGCGCGCGUGACAUCUGCACUUUACUUCAUGCGCAUGCUGUCAGUGUGGAUUCAGCACAGAAAUGAGUGCUUUUACAGUGUGUCUUAAUGACAUAAAUACUUGAUUUGAAGAAGAGUGCUUGAAGAAUACACGCGCUGAAGUGCCUGCUGAUGAUGUCUGCGAUGGUGCUGUUUCAUCUUGUGGCAAAGCGCUGGCUUUAUGCCCACAUACAAUGCGUUUCCAUCUUUAGAUCCCAACGUUUAUCAUCAAACGUGGAAAAUGGAGAGCAAAAUAGAGAAGAAGAAACAGAAAACACGCUGGUGUACAAGCCCUCGGCCUACUACCAGAGACCGACAGUACAUUCCUCUACCACGGGCCGCUCAGAAACUGAAGAAAAAUUGUCCGGUAAUCUCCCCUUAAACCCUGCGUUCCGUCAACAGCGUAGCCCGUACAGUAUUAGCGCCUCACAAUGGCUCUCCAGCACCAAGAACACGCUGUUAAGCACAGCUUCAAACCGAGGAGCCAUUCCAACCCCAAACGCCACCAAAGAGCCAAGCAUCAACAGCGACCUACGAGCCUUUCAGAGAUGUCGGCCUGAAUACCGCAAUAUGACCCAUGACCCAUCCCAACGCUCAUCAACGGUAGACCUCAAUGAGGCCUUGUUAGUUCUUCAUAAAGUCGCGGUGCAAAAAGACAACAUGGAACCUUCAGAAGUAACUAAUUUCUUGUCCAAACUUGGUCAGAUUCCCCAAGAACAGACCGCGGUCGUAAGGGGCGACAAGCGAUUCAACACGCUCCUGCGGUACAGCGUGGAGAUCCUGCAAAACUUCACCACGCCGCAGUUAUUGGAUGCACUGAGGGCCUUCGUGAACUUAGGCUUGCCUCAAUCCCAUAGCGUUCUGGGAUUGUACGAAACCGAGUUCUGUCGGCGAGCAGGCGAGAUGGAGCUUCACCAGUUGCUGCUCGCCGCCAACUUGUGGCGAUGCCUCCGUCGAGUUGUUUCUAAGUACCUCGAGAAGCUCUUUGACAACGUGAGCCGAAACUUCAACCAGAUGGGUGUUCCAGAGUUGGUUCAACUCUUGUACAUAAUCGGAGAAGGCAGGAGAUGUCCGGAUACCCUCGUUCAACCCCUCGAGUCAUUACUUAUGCGUCAUUUGAGCCAGUUGAAGCCUGAAGAGCUGGGCACCGUUUGCUUAGGCCUCUUCAAAUCACAACGCUCCCUGUCCGAGGGAGCGACGCGCCGUCUUAUGGACAGGGCAGUUGUUGUAGUCGAGGAUAUGAGCGAUUUUGGCAUCGUUAAUGUAAUGAAGCUUAUGCGAUUUAGCUAUCUAGACCAUCUCCCGUGGUUGGAGGCCAUGGGAUCGGAGGUUCCUCGACGUGCCCCACAAAUGGAGGUUCAAGGUCUUAUGCAUAUCGUCUUGGCUUGCUCCGCUCUGCACUAUCGGAAUGAUCGCGUUCUCUUGGCUGUGGCCGAACGAUUACCCAACGUGGUUGGUGGAUGCCGGAGUAAAGAUGCUGCAAAGAUGCUUUGGGCCUUUGGGAAUUUAGGAGUUCUUUCCAAAGAAUGUCCCAACCUUUAUCCGUGUCUCACUGCGAUCUUACGAGAACGCCAUGCUGAGUUUCAGCGAUACCCCGAACAUCUGUUGACAGCUCUGCUUGGACUUGCUUUUGCCGGUCUGUUCCCCGAAGACCUGCUCAGUCUGGCUUUAAGCGCAGAGUUUGUCAACAAGGCUUGUAAUUCCAAAGAGCUUGAGCUGAAGAAAGACUUAUUCACCUUAGAUGGAACUGUUGGCUUGGAGUUACCCGAGUCGACAGUCCCAAGACUUAGUCUUGCAAUUCGGGAAGAAGUGACCAAACUACUGUGGGAUUUCGCUCAAUUGGAUAUCUGCCAGAAGCCUGAGGUGCUCGAGGCUGAAGAUGUGUUGAGGAAUCUUCUGGGUGGAGAGAUGUUUGUGCGCAAACACAUGAUUCUUCCGCACUUGCGCUCGAUUGAUCUGGAAGUGCACUUAGACCGAAAUGACCAGCCUGUUCCUGUAUCCUCCGAACCUUGCCAACAAAAUCUCGCCUCUCAAAAAUCGGAUGCAAGGCUCUCUGGAGUUACCAUAACUGACGACCUACUAGCUCAACUAACUAAUACACAAAAGACUCCAGUGCAACCAUCUAACCAGUUCUUCCAAAAGCCAGAGAUUCACACCGUCGAACCGGUCAACGAGGAAAGUAUUUUCAAUGUGGGUAUUGACUUGACAGACAAUCUUCUGAUGGCGCUGACCAAAUGUCAAAAGCGUUCGUCUCACCUGGAUGAUUCUAAACCAUCGAUUCAGAGACUUGCUGUUCAAGUGACUCAUAGGAACCACUUUUGCUACAGGACUAAGCAGCUGCUUGGAUUGCAUGCACUAAAGAGGAGACAGUUAGCGCUGGCUGGAUACAGAGUCGUAGAGUUGCCUCAUUGGGAAUGGUUUCCCUUGCUGCGACGCUCUUAUGCCGAGAAACUCGCCUAUCUGCACUGCAAGAUAUUCAGCUGUUCUGACUCCAAAAAAUAGACUGAUUGAUUUCUCUACAUGUACAAACUACCAGGUGUUACUCAAUAUACGGCUAACAUUUCUGUUUCAUACUAAACCACAGCAAUGAUGUUUUUUGUUGUUGUUGUUUUGAUGAAACGAUUAUGUGAUUGUAUUGUUGCACGAAAGUCAAUAAAUGACAAAUUGUGCUUUACAGUGUUUGUUACCUGGUUCUAUGAUAUGACUGCACACUGAUGUGCAACUAACUACAAGUUUUUUUUGUACUUAGUGUAAGUAGUUAAUGCUAUUUGUACUGUGCAUUUUUGCUAUGUCUGGUUCUCAAACCCAUUGUGAGAGUAAAUAAGUUUCUCACACUUAUUUUCAAUGCCACAUCAAUCUAGUUCCUAAAAAAUAAACUAACAACUGAAAUCACCUUUGACGGAUUUUUUGAUUGUGAAGCAGUGAAUGCAAGUCUCAAUUUCAAGUCUACUUUGACUUAAAUUUCGUAUGUUUGCAUGCGUUUCAUAUUUUAGUGUUUAACAAGAAAGGUUUUAUGUUUUUUUACUUAACUCUUUAGUGUUUUUAGAAAUGUUGAUUUUUGGCAAAUUUAAUGGAAGCCAUUAGGGGUCAAUUCGACCCCAACAAGAGUUUUAACAAAAAUUGUACAGCCUUUCCAAAACAUAUAUAUGUGGUGAAACUUGCAUGCACAUUCAUGACUCUUAAUGAGAAAUAUUCACAAAUAAAUAGUUUAACCAGUGUUUAGAUCUACUUUUAAUUAUUUGUAAUGCUUUAAGCCCAAUAUAUUAAAGGCUUUUUAUUUCA